AUGGCCACGGCGAGAGCCAUGGCCAAUGUGCCGCGGGGAGGCCAACGCCAGACCCUAACCGGUCUCGAUACCUAUCACCAAUACAUGGUCCAGGAGAGCCGGAUGAAGCCAGAUCCUCUGCGCAUACAACGCCCAAAAGCUCGACUGUCCAGCGCUGACAGGGUUGAGCGGCCUUAUACAGCACGCUUCGGCUCCUUCAGCACACCACAUCCAACAGGACACACUCCAUCAUCCAGCCAAGAAAGUAAUUUAAAGCGACCAUCCUCUGCAAAGGCUGAUUCGCCAACCAUUUCGACUUCCGACUUCGCCCCCGUCUCCGACCAGACGACCCAAGGCACUCCCGUCAACUCACGCGCAAGACGUGUUCGACUCGCUUCGCCCGCAUCGCGUCGCGGCCUGCUCGAGACACCUAGUACAGACCCAGCACCAAGCGAACCCCUAGUGGACGUCAACCUGCCGUGGCGACCGCCGUAUCUCAAACGAAGGGUUCUCUUGUCGUUCGCGCUUCUCUUGGCUGGCUUGGUCGCCGUCAUUGAGGCCCUCUUAGUCAUCUCAAACCGCAACACAGGCGUAGGGCCUCCCACACGACUACUCCGCUACGCAUGGCAGUAUGCUCCGCCUGCCGUCGUCACCCUCGUCGCGGCCAUCUGGACGCGGGUUGAGUACCAGGCCAAGGCAAGUGCGCCCUGGAUCCGCCUGUCCCGUGGGCCGAGCGACGUCCGGACAUUGACGUUGGACUACACAUCAAUGGUAGCACCUCAGGCCAUAUUCCGGGCGGCUCGAAACCGUGACUGGCUCGUUCUUGCUAUCACACUGGCCGGCCUAGUUUUCAAGCUCCUAAUCGUCUUCUCCGUUGCGCUUGUGACACCUGUACGGACCAAUGUGGAAGACCAUCUUGCGAGCAUUGCGGUCCAACGUGCCUUUGUCGACAAUGCGUCUGGAUUACAAAACCCCAGCUCGAUUCCGCUUUUCACCAUGCUUGGGUUGCAAACGACCGAUCUCUCUUUCCCAGAUGGCACAUCGAGAGACUUUGCCUUUCAGUCAUUCGACGCCAACCUGCCAGCCACUGCCGAGCUUCGGGCGACGGUUGAGGGCUUUCAAGGACGCCUCGAAUGCGAGCCGGCUCAAACGACGCUCAACAGUGUUCAGCUGCUGCAAGGAUCGACUACACGACUUGACGUCACGGUUGCGGCGCCAUCCUGUCGGACAACACAAAGCAUCAUGAACGACCUUCUCUCGAGCAAUGCCUCGGCGGUGACACCCCGCGUCUUCAUGGCUUUCCAAGGGGGUGACUGCGGCAGCACUCAGGCAAACGACGACCAGCGGUUCGUCAUCAUGGUGGGCACCAUCACCGUAGAUCCGGCGUCGUUCCCUCGCAAUCCCAACGCAAGGGAUGUUCCCCUGCGAGGCGCCCUGCCGCAGUCGGCCGCGGUGAUCUGUCGACCUACCUAUGAUCUUGGGCCGGUGGAGGUGGUGAAAAAUGGCACAGGUUUGCUUUCAAUCAGGCGACUCAACAGCACGCGACCUCGGACUCUCAAUACCAUUCAUCCGUGGGACUUGGCCAAGGCGCAGUUCGAACUAUACGACGAAGCAAUACUGAACGGCUCUGUUCUUGCCACCGACAAAUACUACGACAACCCCGACCAAGUCGUCAUUGAUUCGGAUGGCAUCAUCGACGUCAUGAUGGCCAUGGAGGUCAAGGCGAAUGGGGUGCCGCAGCUAGGAAAUCUCCUCGACACUGCAACCCUUGAUCGCUUAGCAUCUGCAUACUGGACGCAAUUUUCGGCCCUUCUCGCGAGAAAUGAAAUUAUGGCCGGGGCUAGGCAGCAAACUGUAGGCAGAGCAGUGCUCGUAGGAGAGAGACUGCUGGUUCGUACUGUGACCGCACACCUCAUGGCCGCCCUUUUUGGCGUCAUCGUCCUCGUGUGCCUGCUGGCCGUUGACAUGGUACCCAGGCUCGGAUUUCUGCCCCGAGAUCCCAGCACAAUCCUGGAUAUGGCGACUCUACUGGCACACAGUCGACCGCUGCUGCAGUGCCUACGGGGAACCGGCGCCGCUGAUGAGACGACCAUUCACGAUCGACUUGAAGGGUCGACCUACCGCCUCGGCGUGGAGCCGUAUGAGAAGACGACGAGCACUGGCUCUGGAUACUUCAAGAUCCUGGGCGGUUUUCCUCCACCACUGGAUGCACCACUGUACUUUCAGCACACCGGGCAAUGGAAGCGGCCCUUGUCAUUACAGCUUUGGACAAGAGGAGCUGUGAUUACCAUGCUUGGUGGCAUCAUCGCGAGCUUGGAAGUGGCCUUGCGAGCGUCUCGCCGUAACCAGGGCAUCGCAGGCGUCAGCGACAUCGAUUACCUCCAUUUUCUGUGGACGUCAGGUCCCGCCCUGCUACUGCUGGGCCUCGCUCUUUACCACAGCGCUGCCGACUUUGCCACUCGAAGCCUGGCGCCCUUUGCAAAGCUCAGGGGCGGCGGUGAGCUGAGUACUACGGUGGGACUUGACUUUCUCAACAAGUCGAAGCCUCGCGUCAUCUGGUCUGCGCUGCGAACCGGGAACCCGUCUGUGCUCAUUACGAGCAUAACCGCAUUCUUCGCUUCGCUGGUCGUCAUCUUUUCUGGUGCUCUCUUCACACCCGUACCGGUAUGGGAGACCCGGAAUGUUGUCCUCCAGAGUGUAGACUUUUUUGCCAAUACGACUGUCCUUCCAGCAGGGUUUGACCCUGACUCUCUGCCGCCCGCCGACAGUGACGCGGUGCUGUCAUCCCUAAUUCUGAACGCCAAUGCCUCGUUUCCUGCCUUCACGUUCAACGACUUGAACUUUCCAGCAAUGCAGCUGCAGGGUGCGCUACCCAACGACGACCGCGAGCUUCAGGACAUUGCUAUCCAAGCAACCAUUCCAGCACUUCGGCCUAACCUGCAGUGCCGUCUGUACCCGCAGUCCGAGAUAUCGACCAACAUGACAAUCGACAACCUCUUCAUCAACGUCGACGCGGAGCCUUGUCGGGUCGGUAACUCUGGACAGCAAGCAAGCAACGCACAGUUCCCGGCGUUUCCAGGGGCCUCCGUUCCGACGGCCCUCUUUGGUCGGGCUACCUCCCGUCGAGACAACGGCGCGCAAUGCUCUGACUUUCUUUACAUCUGGGGCCAACUCGAUAACCCCAGCUCGCCAUCAUCGACCGUGUCGUCUGUAUCGGCCAUGGGAUGCAACGAAACGCUUGAGACAGUGGCUGCGUUGACGACGCUGCGUGGUCCAUCGCUUCGGAUCGAUCCAACGAUACCACCGCGUGUCACAGGCGCGACGGCUACACCAAAUGCUGUGGCGCUACCGGUGUUGCAGUACAGUCGCCUCGCUAAUCUGACCGCUACGGGGGGUAAUCUGCUUGACCCUUUUUUCUCUGCAUUGACCUCGUCAGACGUUGCAGUUCCGGCGGCAACCCUGGGUGACACAGGUCUCGAUAUCGCAGGCCGCGUAGCAGACGCCAUUGUCGCGCAGCACAAGAUCAUCCGCGCACAAAACCUCAACCUCAACAUCCGACGCUCGCUCUCUGCGCAAGGCAACUUUCCCUUUACGGGCAACGGCGUCACCAUUGGCACGGGCGGUGAUACGGCAGCGGCACAGCCUCGAGUCGCGGGCGUGCUGCGGAGCGUGAACAAUAGCGGCGCGCGCAGGCUCGAGGUGGACGAGAUUGCGGCGCGCGUGCUGCAAGCCAUUCUCGGCGUUGUGUUGCUUGGAUGCAUCGUGGGGCUGGUCCUUGCCAUGAUUGGUGGACUCGGCAUCCGCGGAGAAGGCAUGGUGCCGCGACAGGGCAGGAGUAUCGCGUCCAUGGCGGCGCUGUUGGCUGACGGCAACGUGUUUGGGUUCCUCGGGCGGGGUGCCGAGUGGAUGAAGCAGGAGGAGAUUGAGGCAGACUUCAAGGAUGGAGGCCUCGUCGUGGGCUUCGGACUCGGAUGGGAGGUGGUACGGGCGAGGCGGCGAGGCGAUGGGGUGCGCAGGUAUGGAAGCGACCUUCUCGGGGAUGAGGAGCUCGAAUUUGGGCUCAAGGUGGUACGGGCAGGCGGAUGGCAGGGCGGAGUCGAGGUCGGACUCGGGACGAUGGCGCGCGUUACUCGCGGGCAGCGAGGGUUCGUGCGGACUCGGUCCUGA